AUGUCAUUAUCCACAUCUGCUGCUGUUUUCCAUGAUGAUGAUUUUGCAAAUUUAGGUCCUGCUCCAAAGCCUCCAGGUUCAAAUUUAGGUCUUAUAUCAAAUCCAACUUCUAUUUCAUUAACUUCAAAUUCUCAAAACUUGAAUGGUAAUAAUAAAAUCAUAAGACGUCAAGGUUGGGUACAAGUUAAAGAUGAAGGUAUUAUGUCAUUUAGAUGGCCCAAAAGAUAUUUAGUAUUGAAUGAUUCAAAUUUAAUUUUUUUCAAGAAUGAUUCAAUGGAGGAAAUUUGGUUAAAAAUUUCAUUAACUUCAAUUGUUAAUUUAUCAAGAGUUCAAUUAAGACCUUAUUGUUUUGAAUUAAUUAGAAAUAAUGGUGUUAAAAAAUCAUUAUUCAUUUCUUUGAAAACUAUAAAUGAUUUAUUUGGUUGGUUAGAUGCUAUUUUCGCAAAAUGUCCAUUAACAGGUACCGUGUCAAGCCCGACUAAUUUUACUCAUAAAGUUCAUGUUGGUUUUGAUCCAACAAGUGGUAAUUUUACAGGAUUACCAGAAAAUUGGAAAAGAUUAUUAGAACAUUCUAAAAUUACAAAUGAAGAUUGGUCAAAAGAUCCAGUUGCAGUUAUUGAAGUUUUAGAAUUUUAUCAAGAUCAACAAAAAGGUCAAGUUAAUGAACAACAACAACAGCAACAACAAAUAUUACAUAAACCAACAAAUUCAAAUGAUUCUGGGAAUUCAUUAUCAAGUGAUAAAGAGAAUAAUAAUACUAGAAUAUUAAAUGAUUUAUCAAAACCUUAUUCAACUCCUUUGAAAAAUUCUUCACCUCCAAAAGUUUCUCCAUAUUAUACAACUACUUCAGGUUCAAAUUCUGGGACUAGUACACCAACACCAAAAGAAUCUCAAAAUGAUUUAGUCCCAAUGAGAAGAGCUCCACCACCACCAAAACCUCAACAACAACAACAAUCACAACAAUCACAACAACAAUAUCCAAUUAAUCCUGAUUCAAUACCACCUUUAAGAACUUCACCACAAAAAAUUAAUCCAAAUUUGAAAAUUCAAACUCAUUUUAAUAAUCAACAACCACAACAUCAUCAACCACAACAACAACAAUACCCAUAUAAAAAUAAUGCACCUGCAGCUAUACCUAAUCCAUAUCUUGAUGAAUCUCCAUCUCCAACAAAUGGUUCACCAACUGAUCAAUUACCAACACCAACUUCUAUUACAACACCAACUUCAUUAUCUUCACAACAUGGUAUCCCACCAAGACGUGAUUUACAACCAUCAAGACAAGCUCCAAGACCACCACCAGGUCCACAAGGUCAACAAACUCCAAGAGCAAAUAGACCUGCACCACCUCCACCAAAUUAUCAAAAACCUUAUGGACAAUCAUCACAACAAAAUCCUCAAUAUAGACCAGGUUUUAAACAACAAACUCCAUCACCUUAUAAUAAACCUAUUCAACCAUUACAACCUCAACACCAUAAUAAACCUUAUCCAAGUCAUGGUCAACCACAACAUCAACAACAAAAAUCACCUGCACAAAUGGCUGCUGCUCAUGCUGCUGCUCAAGCUGCUAUACAAUCACCAAAAACUCCAACCAAGAUUCAACCACCAAAGACAAUGAAACAAAGAAAUGAAGAAAAAAGAAUAAGUGCAAUGAAUGAUGCACAAGUUAUGAAGAAUUUGAAAAGUGUUGUUAGAAAUGUUGAUCCUUCUCCAUUUUUCCAAAUGAUUGAAAAAGCUGGACAAGGUGCUUCUGGUACUGUCUAUUUAGCAAAAUCAUUAAUGAGAAAUGAUUUAAAAGUUGCUAUAAAGCAAAUGGAUUUAAAUGCUCAACCAAGAAAAGAAUUAAUUGUUAAUGAAAUUUUAGUUAUGAAAGAUUCUCAACAUAAAAAUAUUGUUAAUUUCCUAGAAGCUUUUUUACAAAAUCAAGAAUUAUGGGUUGUUAUGGAAUUUAUGGAAGGUGGUUCCCUUACAGAUGUUAUUGAAAAUAAUGAAAAUACUAUAGAGGAAGAUCAAAUUUCAUCAAUUUGUUUUGAAGUUACUAAAGGGUUAAAAUUUUUACAUAAUAAAAAAAUUAUUCAUAGAGAUAUUAAAUCUGAUAAUGUUUUAUUAGAUUUAAAAGGAAAUGUUAAAAUUACAGAUUUUGGAUUCUGUGCAAAAUUAACUGCACAAAAGAAUAAAAGAGCUACAAUGGUUGGUACACCAUAUUGGAUGGCACCAGAAGUUGUCAAAACAAAAGAAUAUGAUGAAAAAGUUGAUGUUUGGUCCCUAGGUAUAAUGACUAUAGAAAUGAUUGAAGGAGAACCACCAUAUUUAAAUGAAGAACCAUUAAAAGCUUUAUUUUUAAUUGCAACAAAUGGUACACCAAAAUUGAAAAAACCAGAAUUAUUAUCAAGUUCAAUUAAAAAAUUUCUAAGUAUUUGUCUAUGUGUUGAUGUUAAAUAUAGAGCUAGUACUGAUGAAUUAUUACAACAUGAAUUUUUAAAUCAAGGUUGUCAUCCUGAUAAAUUGGCAAGAUUAUUAGAAUGGAAAAUUAAUGGAUCUCAAAGAGUUGAAGAAUAUGAUGAUGAAUAA